AUGAAAAGGAUCCUUCUGCAAAAACCAGUCAGUGACACGACAGCUCGGCGCAUCGGAGAGGUUUCCCAGAGGAAGACGCCCAGUUUGGUUGGGUUCACCGACAGAGAGCGUCUUCUCGGAGACACUGCGCUGUCGCAGAUCAAGUCGAACGCCAAGAAUACAUGUCGAAACUUCAAGCACCUACUGGGCCAGAGGUUCGACUCCCCUGCGGUCGAUGCAGAGAAGUUUUGGUCAACUUGUCCGCUAGUGCAAACAGAGGAUGGCUUCGCAGGCUAUUCAGUCAGCUACAAGGGUGAGACGACACAAUUCUCGGCGACUGAGGUUACAGCCAUGUUCCUAACCAAGCUGAAGCAGGUGACGGAGGCAUGGUGUGGAGCAAAAGUGGCUGACGCAGUCAUCGCUGUCCCAUCCUAUUUCGCUGAUUUUCAGCGCCAAGCGCUCUUGGAUGCUGCUGCAAUUGCCGAUCUACAUGUGCUCAGAGUUGUCAACGAGCAUACGGCGACAGCUUUAGAGUAUGGCUUUUUCAGGAACAGCAACUUCGAUGCUGAGAAGCCGUCAAUAGUGGCUUUCUGCCAGAUGGGUCAUUCCAAUUUCUCUGUGGCAAUUGUUCAGUUCCUCAAGGGCGAGCUGACAGUUCUGUGCGAGAAGUCGGACAAGGUGGGCGGCCGAGACAUGGUUGAAUGCCUCGUUAGGACUUUUGCCGAACAGUUCAACAAGAAGACAGGCUGCGAUGUCUUGACCAACAAGAAGGCUUGCUUCAAGCUGGAGGAUGCUGUGGCCAAAACGAAGAAGAUCCUGUCUGCGAACACAGAGGCCAGUGUCUCUUGUGAGUGCCUCAUGGAGGAUCACGAUUUCAGUGGAAAUGUGGACCGAGAGACCUUUCUCGAAAUGUGCAAGCCGAUGAUGAAAAAGGUGAGCGACGUAUUGGAGGCAGCAAAGGCUUCUUGCAACCUGUCAGUGUCUGCAAUUGAUUCAGUUGAAAUUUGUGGGGGAGCCGCGCGGGUUCCCUGGGUCAAGGAGAUGUGCUCCAAGGCUUUUGGUGGCAAGGAGCUGUCCACUACCAUGAAUGCAGACGAGUGUGUUGCUCGAGGCUGUGCUCUCCAGGCGGCAAUAUUGUCACCGCUGUACAAAGUGCAAGACUUCAAAGUCGAGGACAGCUGCAAGUUUCCCAUCAGUAUUGGUUGGCAGAUGCCGAUCAGUGAUGGAGGCAACGGCAACACGAAGGACGUGACUUCUGUGGUUUUCUCUACUGACUCCGUGCUGAACCUUCUCAAGGUCAUAACCUUCAAGCGCAAGGCUCCCUUCGAUCUGAAAGUUUCGUAUGCUGCCGACAAGCUGCCGUCGGGCACUUCGAAGGACCUGGGAACCUAUACCAUUGAGGUGCCCCUGCAAGAUGCCCCAAAGAAAGUGAAGGUGAAGACCGCAUUAACCCUCCAUGGAACAUUCACGGUCCAGAGUGCCCAUCUCGUCGAGGAGGAAGAGGACGCACCUAUGCCAGAUGCAGGGGACCAGGAGGCUUCACGCAAAAGGAAGAUCAAGAGAACUGACCUUUCCAUCAAGAAGAAGGGUUGUCCAGGUUUGAGCGAGACAUUGCUUAAACUGAGCAAGGAGAAGGAAGAGAAGAUGAUUCAAGACAUGCAGGAAGUGAUCGAGACCAAUGCAAGGAAGAAUGACCUGGAAGCAUACAUCUUGACAAUGCGAAGCAGUAUUGCCGACGGUGGAAAGCUGAAGGGAUACAUCAAGGAAGAGGACAGUCAGAUGUUGUCGAAGCAGCUCGAGAGCGCCGAGGAGUGGUUGUAUGACCACCCCGACGACCUGAAAGAGGCCUUCGUGAAAAAGCUCGAGGAACUGAAGGUUUUGGGUGGCCCAGCUGAAGCACGUCAUCGCGAUGAUAUUCGCAGACCAGAACUUAUCCACAGCUUGGAAGAAUCCAUUUCCAGGUUCAAGGCCGCAGCGGCCACAGCGCAAGGGCGGCCGAACCCCCGCAGCAUCACUGAGAACGCCAAGUUGCAAGGACUGGAAAAAACUUGCGACGAGGUUCAGCAGUGGUUGACGGACUUGAAAGAGAAGCAAGGGAAGCUCUCAAAGCUGGAUGAUGCCGUGCUGACCGUGGAGACUCUUCAGGCCAAGACGGAUGAACUGGUGAAGUUGGCAGAGUCAGUUCUCGGACAAGGAGACUCCACUCCCUCGCCGGUCGCUGCAAACGGCAAGUCAGCACUAGAUGUUGACUGA